GUGUGGAACGAUCGAGGCUAUCGCACAGCGUUGCGGAGCAACCGGGAACCGGCCCUGCCCGUCCGACCCGACCCGACCGAAGUCAGUCAGAUAGUUGCUCAUUUGCGAGGCGGUCGUGCGAGAAUCAAUUAUUUGAACGCGCGCGUUGUGUUAACACAAAAAAAUUCGACGCGAUAGUUUGUGCUUUUGUCCAUAGACUUGAGUGAAAAAGUAUUCAAAAUGACCUCUGAAGCGAUACCAACUACUCCAGAAACCCCUGAGAAGCCAAAGGAGGUGAAAGACGAUGCCCCGGCAGACAAUGGGCAGUCUAAAGAGGAGCCGCCGGCGACUGAGGAGAAGGCAGAAAAAGUAGAGGAGAAAAAACAAGAGGCAGGAUCCACCAAGCCGAACGUACAUAAGACCAACUUUGAGAAGGAUGUCGUGUACCUGUACCAAUUCACCCGUACUCCAGUAUUGCCAUCGACUUCGCCGUACUGUUUAAAAGUUGAGACAUGGAUACGUCUGGCGGGCAUCAAGUACCAGAACGUGGACCAUAAGGCCAAAUUCCGUUCCAAGAAGGGUCUGCUGCCGUUCGUGGAAUUGAACGGGGAAGAGAUUGCUGACAGCGCAAUCAUCAUCAAAGAGCUCUCAAAGAAAUUUGAUAAGCAUCUUGAUGCUGGUUUGAAUGCCGAACAGCGUGGUAUAUCUCACGCUAUGGUGUCGAUGAUUGAGAAUCACUUUGCAUGGGUGGUUCUGUGGUGGCGUGCCAAGUACCCUGAAAGCAUGAUUAGAGGAUACCAAGUAAAUCUUCGUAACGCUCUCAACACUCGCCUGCCGAAUCCGAUCUUGAACAUUUGCUUCAAGUUUACCGCCGCACGCAAGGGUAUGAAGAAGGCCAAGGCGCAUGGCAUCGGCCUCCACGCCGAGGACGAGAUCAUCGAGUUCGGAAAGUGCGACUUGCGCGUGCUCUCUGAAUAUCUCGGUGACCGACCCUACUUCUUUGGUGACGAACCUACCCUGUUGGACGUGGUAGCGUUCGCCAAUCUUGCUCAGCUGCACUUCUUCAAUGCUGAGGAGUAUCACCCCCUACGUGAUGCUAUGAACGAGUUGUACCCCAACUUGGUGGGGCUUGUGACCCGCAUUAAAGAACGCGCUUACCCAGACUGGGAGGACAUCUGCCGAAUGCUUGAUAUGAACGCCCAAGCGCCCAAGCCUAAGGACCAGGGGAAGGAGACUAAAGAAGGCACCGGCGCCGCUGAAAAGCAGCCAUUGGCUGAUGAUACUGAGAAGGGCAAGGUGGACGAAAAGGAGAAAGAACAGGAGAUGGAGCCCGAAGACAAGGAAGAGAAGUAAAUGCGUUAGAUCGCAAGCAAACGUAGGUACGGUGGGCAAAACGCAUGAACGUCCAACUAUACGCAACGCGUAUAAGUAACGUCGUUUCGCCCACUGUACAAAAUUUUCAUUAUAUUUAAUAAUAUUUACAUUUAAGAGUCAGACUCGUGGUAGUUUCUGUAUAAUAAAACCAUGUAAAUCCAUUUGUCUUUCCCGUUUCUUUCAGUUGUCGAAGGUUGCGUACCUCGAAGCAGUGUCUUGCGUUCUCAUUAUAAUUUACGUUGCGAUAGAUAGUUCAACUCAAAUUGGCGCGUGACAGCGUAUAGCACAUGACUAAAUAAACGGUACAGAGACAAAGCUUCUAAAGAACAUCAUUUUUUUUACAUAUCCUCGUAGGGCUGUCACAAUAGAUUAAGAAAAAUAGAAUGAAACAUUUGUCAAAUAGUCUUAUUA